AUGACUCACCGGACACUUAACACGACGCUGCAGAGUGGGGGUAAUGAUACGGACGCGUGGGGGGGCAUAUCCCCCUUCGACUCGGACCUGGAUGUAUUCUAUAGGCCGGAUGUGGUCAUCAUAGUGAUGUACGUCGCCGUGCUGACCGCUUCGCUGUCAGCCAACACGCUGCUCAUCUUCAUCAUCUCAUUACACCUGAAGAAAUUUUGA